CCCGACUGCAAUGUUAUUUCACACACAAAAAUAAUGUUAUUCCCAAGAAUCACGGAGCUAUGAUAUUACAUUAAUAAAUAACAAUGAUAAACACAACGAUUUAAUCUUUUUAAUACCGGCGGAUUGACGUAAACGUGGCCACGAACAGAAGCUGUUUCCGACUGAAUACGUCUACUUUACCGUUAAGAGACAGAAUGUGAGCAUCCAACUCCUCUUUCAUCUUUGAACAAAGCAUCGCAUCAAACACCAGCCAUGGAACUGAGUACAGUGUGGACUGGCGGCCACAGUCAGAUGGUGCUCUGCCUGGGUGUAGAUGCUGAGGGGCGAGUCGCAUCGGGAAGUGAAGGCGGUGAGGUGUGUUUUUGGAGCCCAGAUGGCAAAAUCACUUCAAAGAGAACGUUCCCUUCAAAGGCUGACGUCAACAGUGUGUGUUUCUCUCCUCAGCAGCCCUCGGUCAUUUACGUUUCAGCUGGGGAGGUCAUAGAGCUGUUGGACGUUCGAUGUCCGGAAUCCAGUCUGGAGAGGUUUGCCUUCAACCGCGAGGAUAUUAAUCAACUUGCAAUCGAUCCCAAAGACGGGUUCCUGGCAGCCUGCGACGACGACGGGAUAAUAAAGGUGGUGGACCUGCGCAACCGCAAGCUCUUCAGGACGCUGAAGGGCCACAGCGCCAUAUGCUCCAGCGUGAGGUUCCACCCGACCGUGCCGCGGGAAAUCGCCUCAGGCGGCCUGGACUGCCUCGUACACACCUGGGAGACGACGCGAGGGAGCCCCCGCGCGUCGGUGAACAUGAAAGAGGUUGUAAUCGCCGGUGAGGACGAGCACACCCCAAGUCCGUACUUGAUCAACCCGCCGUUCGUGCACUCGGUGGACUUCACCCGAAGCGGGGAGCUCCUAGCGUGCGGACUGGAGAACGCCCGCGUCCAGCUGCUGGACAGGAGAGGGAGGCGAGAUUUGGAAGUGGGCCAGAGCCUGGAGGCUCACACGAGCGGCGUGACCCAGGUUUCCUUCAUACCCGAAUACCCGGGCCAGAUGCAGGACUUGCUGCUGUCCGCCGGGAACGACUGUAGAAUUAUGCUUUGGGAUACUAACAGGCAUACCAUCCCCAAGGAUGGUUUGAAACCGGAAGACCAUACAACAGAGAACUCAGAAAUUGAAAACCUUAAAUCUGAAAGCGACAAACCACCAGAACAGGAAAGGGCUGAAAAAGUGUCAGAUAGAGGCGACAAAGGGGCAUGCUCGUCUGAUGAUAGCAAGACGAAACCGAGACUGUGUGUAAAGCACAAAGACAAGAUCAACUGGAUCGCACCAUAUUGUUCAGCAAGUGGUGUUAAUAUGGUGUUCGUGGCAGACGUAUCAGAAAUUAUAUCAGUUUAUCAGUGGAAAGUUGACUGAAUUGCAUAACCCAAAUAUCUUGGGUUUUGGACAUGUAUACGAACGAGAGGGCAUGAAAGACACAUUGUUCACCAUCAGACCACCGCCCCAAGUUUAGGAAAACAUUAACUUUUCUCAGCCUUUAUCGGACAAAACUUUCCAAAACUCCCUGCCAAGUUUUGGGUCUCGACUCUCUAUUAAAAUUUGAAAUGAAGCUGUUUCAUCUUUGCGCUAGAGACAGACGUCAAGUUCAUGUAAAUCAAAUAUGAGCUAUAAGUUGGACUCGCACUAGUCAAUUUCAUUUACCACACGCUUCCCUUGUGCAGUACUAAUAAAUGAAGUGACGAACCAGUUGUUUCAUGGGCCAGUUUAUUUCCUUGUGCAUGUUUACUAUUUGUAUGUUUGGAAGAUUUAAGUAUUCCAUUUGAAGAUUUUACACAUUUGCAAACAUCAAGAAACAAAUCUAUGAAACCGUCACGAAAUAACUUACUUGACUGUAAGUGAAUAAAAGUGUUGGGCAUGCUGCGAAA